UAGUUUCACACACAGACACAAGUGUUGACAAGGGCAAAAAGCUCAAACUUGCGUGAGUUUAAAUCAACCUGCUGCUUGAAUAUCUGUGCGUUGAGUGGGCAGCUUUGCCUCACGCGUCUGUGUUUCUGUUUGAGAGGGGCGUGUUUCUGCUAUUCAUAGUUGUGAGAACCUCAGAGGUCUAUUAGAGGUCAGUGUGAGUCCUUCUAAUAGCAACUGCUGCAGCCAAGGGCCUGUCAGAUAACUGUACCUCUCCUCCUCUGGACACAGUCUGGACCUUUUUCUUUUAUAAUCACACUGUGGGACUGAUCCGUGCAGAACAGUCAUGCAGGCUCAGGAGGUCCUGAGACAGCUGCGGAUUCCCGAGCUGGAUGAUUUUCGGCAGUAUGUGCGCGGCUUUCCAACCAAUGCACUCAUGGGCGUGGGAGCCUUCGCCGCCAUCACCGGCUACUGGUUCGCCACGCGGCCGAAAGCCCUCAAACCGCCCUGUGACCUCGGGCUGCAGUCCCUGGAAAUGCCAGGUGGAGAGCGUGCACGGAGGUCAGUACUGAACGACGAUGAUGAGCACGUAACACACUACUACAGCGAUGCAUGCACAAUGUACGAGGUGUUCCAACGAGGGAUCCGAGUAUCGAAUAAUGGUCCUUGUCUAGGAUCAAGGAAACCCAACCAGCCCUAUGAGUGGCUGACUUAUAUAGAGGUGGCAGACAGAGCGGAGCACAUCGGCUCUGCUCUCCUUCACAGAGGACACUCUCACACAGGAGACAAGUAUAUUGGCAUCUUUUCCCAGAACAGGCCAGAGUGGACCAUUUCAGAGUUGGCCUGUUACACGUACUCCAUGGUGGCAGUUCCCUUGUACGACACACUCGGCACAGAGGCCACCGGCUACAUUAUUGAUAAAGCCGCCAUCUCAACCGUGAUCUGCGAUUUGCCCGAGAAGGCUCGGAUGAUUCUGGACUGCGUCAGCGGGAAAGGGCGGACGGUGAAGACGAUUGUGCUCUUUGAGGCGUUUGAUGGCGAGCUGGUGACCCGUGGACAGGAGUGUGGCGUUGAGAUUCUGAGCUUGAAGGAGUUUGAGGCCCUGGGUGCAGCCAACCUCCAGAAACCAGUGCCUCCUAAACCAGAGGACCUCGCACUCAUCUGCUUCACAUCUGGAACCACAGGAAACCCAAAAGGUGCAAUGCUCACUCAUGGAAAUGUAAUCUCCAACACUGCAGCUUUCAUUAAAAUCACACAGGUACACUGCAUGCUGACCCUCCAUGAUAUUCAUGCAUCCUAUCUCCCCCUAGCUCACAUGUUUGAGAGGGUGGUACAGGGUGUCAUCCUCAUCCACGGGGCCCGAAUCGGCUACUUCCAAGGGGACAUCCGACUUUUGAUGGACGACUUGAAAAUGCUGCAGCCAACAGUGUUCCCUGUGGUCCCACGUCUCCUGAACCGCAUGUUUGACAAGGUGUUCAGUCAGGCCAACACGCCGCUGAAGAGAUGGCUGCUCGAUUUUGCUUUCAAGAGGAAGGAGGCGGAGCUUAAAAGUGGUGUGGUCAGAAAGGACAGCAUGUGGGACAAAAUCAUCUUCAAAAAAGUUCAGGCGAGUCUGGGUGGUCGUGUCAGACUCAUCAUCACAGGAGCAGCCCCGGUGUCUCCCACCAUCCUGACGUUCCUCCGAGCUGCACUGGGCUGUCAGUUUUAUGAAGGUUACGGACAGACUGAAUGCACCGCCGGGUGCACCAUGUCGAUGCCCGGGGACUGGACAGCAGGUCAUGUUGGGCCUCCUCUGCCGUGCAAUGCUGUCAAACUGGUGGAUGUGGCAGAAAUGAACUACCUGGCAGCCAAUGGAGAGGGAGAGGUGUGUGUCAAAGGACCAAAUGUUUUCCUUGGAUACCUGAAAGAUCCCGAGAAAACGUCAGAGGCGAUCGACGAGGAUGGAUGGCUGCACACAGGAGACAUUGGAAAAUGGCUUCCUAACGGCACUCUGAAGAUUACAGACAGAAAGAAGCACAUUUUUAAGCUGGCACAAGGAGAAUACAUCGCCCCUGAGAAAAUAGAGUGUGUGUAUAGUCUCAGUGAUCCAGUGGCUCAGAUAUUUGUUCAUGGCGACAGCUUACAGGCUUGUCUGGUUGGGAUAGUGGUACCUGAUCCUGACUUUUUACCUAUGUGGAUCAAGAAAAAAGGGAUUGAAGGCUCUUACUCUGAACUUUGCAAAAACAAGGAUGUGAAGAAAGCCAUUCUGGAGGACAUCCUGAGGUUGGGCAAAGACGCAGGACUCAAGUCUUUUGAGCAGGUGAGAGAUAUUGCGCUACAUACUGAGCUGUUUUCUGUCCAGAACGGCCUGUUGACGCCCACCCUGAAGGCUAAGAGGGCUGAGCUGCGGAGCCACUUCAGAGAGCAAAUUGAUGAACUCUAUGCCAAAAUUAAGAUGUAAAUUCGGAUCAAGGAGUACAUUAGGGAAGGUGACAACCAUUUAGAGUACACAGCUAGAACCAAGUUGUAAAUUAAGGGGGAUUUCCUGAGAUUACAAAUCUUAGUUUGAAGUAUCUAUUGUCCCCGCUUCAUCUGGUAACGUACCACUGAAUUUUUCAUUCUGUCACUGACUAAUUACUUCAGAUUAUGCCAUUAUGUGACUGGUAUAACUUACCUAAGAGUAAGUGUUAAAAAUACAAAGGGGAAAUGACUUACUCAUGCCUUAAACUGCCAUUACGUCUGACUACUUCAGUCAGAAAGAAAAAAACAUUUGACAGUUUUUUUAUUCUUGGGAGCCACAGAAAAAAAAUAUAUAAAUAUGCUUUUACAACAUUGACUAUUUAUAUACCAGAUUAUUUAAUGUUUUGGUCUAUUUAAGUUGGUAUUUAAUGUAAUCAUUAAACCUGUAAAUAGUGUAUCUGCUGAUGCAGAGUAUUGUGCCUGAUACUCUGUAGUUGUAAUUUCCUGCAUUCCCAUGUUUCUCAAUCCUGAAGGACUGAUAAAUCUGUAUUAGUGCACAAUUUAGUCAAUGGCUUAUUGGGAAUCAUGUUGCUUGAGUUUUUGUGCCUUUUUUGGUUGUUUUUGUCUUCUUUUAACCUGCACAGAAAAUAUUGAAUGCUACUUCCAGUUCCUGCUUCUGGAUGUUCAAAUUUCAGUGCCACAGGUUGCAGGAUAAAGCUGCA